GUCGUUGAGUCCUCGGAGACGGAGGGAAAAAAAACAGAAAACUCGUUUGUUUCGUCGAAGAAGAAGAUGAUGAAGAGAACCCAACAAUCCGCAAGAGAAUCAAAGCAAGAAGCUAAAGAUGGAAGCAAAGGAAAGAGCGGUUUGUUUGCUUCAUGUUCCUUCUCUUCCCUUGGCUUAGAUCCCAAGCUCUCUGACCAGCUCCAAGAAAGGAUGGGAUUUGAAGCUCCUACACUUGUACAAGCUCAAGCAAUUCCUGUUAUUCUCUCUGGUCGAGAUGUACUUGUUAAUGCUGCAACCGGUACUGGAAAGACUAUAGCGUAUUUGGCACCACUCAUCCAUCACUUGCAGGGCUAUUCUCCCAAGGUUGAUCGUUCUCAUGGAACUUUUGCUUUGGUGAUUGUGCCCACACGGGAACUGUGCCUUCAGGUGUAUGAAACUUUGGAGAAGCUGCUGCAUCGGUUCCAUUGGAUUGUCCCUGGCUAUGUGAUGGGAGGAGAGAAAAAGGCUAAAGAAAAGGCUAGGUUAAGGAAAGGGAUAUCCAUUCUAAUUGCAACCCCUGGACGUCUUCUUGACCAUUUGAAGAACACAGCUUCAUUCGUGCACAAAAAUCUGCGUUGGGUUAUCUUUGAUGAAGCGGAUUGCAUUCUCGAAUUAGGCUAUGGGAAGGAGAUAGAACAGAUUAUUAAGCUUCUAGGUUCUGGGCAAAACGAAGAAGGGGAAGAGGAUAAUAUUGUUCCUAAAGGUGUUCAGAAGCAGAACUUGUUAUUGUCAGCAACAUUGAAUGAAAAAGUUAACCACCUUGCAAAACUUAGUUUGGAUGAUCCGGUAAUGAUUGGUCUUGACAACAGCAAAUUGCAACAAAAUCUGUCUGUGGAGUCCCCUGCCUCUCCUAACUCUGAUGGGGAUGAUAUGGUAAUUCAUGUAAACAAAUCCGUAAACCCUUCAUCUGAGGACUAUGGCAUACCGUCACAGCUAGUGCAGAAAUAUGUUAGAGUGCCAUGUGGUGCAAGGCUUGUGGCACUUCUUUCUGUUCUCAAGAACCUUUUUGAAAGAGAAGCUUCUCAAAAGGUAGUCGUAUUCUUUUCGACACGUGAUGCUGUAGAUUUUCAUUACUCACUUCUGAGUGAACUCCAAUGGCCACCAAAUUCUGGGAAAGAAGAGGAGGGGACUAAACAGUUGUUUCUUAAGUGCAAAACGUUUCGGUUACAUGGAAGUAUGGAGCAAGAGGAUAGAAGAUCUGCGUUUGGGACCUUUAAAACUGAGAAACAGGCUCUUCUCUUGAGUACAGAUGUUGCUGCUAGGGGUUUGGAUUUCCCUAAAGUAAGAUGUAUUAUACAGUAUGACUGUCCGGGAGAAGCUACCGAGUAUGUGCAUAGAGUGGGUAGAACAGCUCGUAUUGGUGAAAAAGGAGAAGCGUUGUUAUUUCUACAGCCAAUUGAAAUAGACUAUCUUAAGGAGCUUAAGAAACACGGUGCAUCACUUACAGAGUACCCUCUUCUAAAAGUACUUGAUAAAUUUCCCAUACCCGGCAAUAUGCCCCGCAUCAAAAAGGUCAUAUCCCUAGAAUCGCAUCCUUGGGUUAUAUCACUGCAGAGAGCUCUUGAAUCCGUUACUUACUCCGAGCCAAAGAUGAAGAACCUGGCAAAGAAUGCAUUUGUCUCUUGGGUAAGGGGAUAUGCAGCUCACAAGGGAGAGCUCAAAAGCAUUUUCGUGGUAAAGAAGCUUCACUUGGGUCAUGUCGCCAAGAGCUUUGCUCUGAGAGAGCAACCGUCUUUAGUUGGGAAAUCACAUCAUAAAGAAUCGAUGAAGAGGAAGAGAGACGAACGCCAAAAAGGACAACAAGCUAAGAAGAGAAAGAAUAUGAGCGGCAGUGGCGGUAGAAGUACACAAAAAACUAGAUAAAAUCAGUUUCGCCACCAUAAACCAUAGCACAAGUUUUUGUAAUGAGUGAGCUGUUUUGUUCAUCGAAAAUUUUGAGAAAUCUACGAAGUUUGGAACUUGAACCAUCGUUUGUUUACAUUAUUACUUGUAUUAACCAGAAAGCUGAAGAUUCACUACAAAUUCACGGAAGUUUGCAUC